AUGGACAAAAAGAGAAGUAGAGGGGGACUGGGCAUCGCAGCAAAGGACCAUAAUGGAAAACUUGUUAAAACUUGGGCAAUCCCUACUGGAAUGAUGAAGGAUGCUGCCAUACUAGAAGCUGAAGCAAUCAGAUCAGCCAUGCCCAAAGCUCUAGAAGAAGGGUGGACAUCUCUACUCAUACAUUCAGAUUGUAAGUGUCUAGUGGAUAGAAUUAAUCACAGAUGUUUUGGGUUAUCUCUGUUAGAUGUGUUGGUAGAUGAUAUCAUACAUCUUAGUCGAUCCUUUUGGCGAUGUUCCUUCAUAUUUAUUGGAAGGAAAUAUAAUCGCACUAGUCAUGGUUUGGCAAAAUUUGCCAUUAACCUAAUUGAUGAAACAAGGUGGGAGCUUGACUUCCCUGUGUGGCUUAGGAUUGAAGCCCACAAAGAUGUCCUGGCCAUGUGCCAGUAG